AUGAGCAGCGUUCAUAGUCAGAAUAGCGAUCUGGGGCCCGAUGAAGUUGGGCUAAAGGUCAAUAAGCCUACCGGUAGCGGUAUGGGUACAGCAACACGGACAUCUUCUAAUAACAGUAAUAAAUCAACCAUGACCUUCGAGAAGCAGAGGGUUGCGCCAAGAACAAGAACCCAGUCUGUACAGAGUGUCCUAAGCUGUAUCUCACUGCGUAGCAUGAUUGGGAAAACUCAUGAAGAGGCAGCGGAAUCCCACCAACAGCAGUACCCGCAGCAUAAUAACAAGUUGUCUGUUAGCGGGCUUCCUGCUACACAAUUGAUUCAAAGUCCAGCAAUGGCAUCGGUUCAAAAACGGGCUUCAAAUUCUAAUAAUGACGACGCUAUCGGUCAAAAACUGCCUUUCACGGAUGACAAAAGGAGACAGCUGGAAGUAGAUCAACAAAGAUCCAGUUCCAGGGCUAGUAACAAAGUCACCACAGGUUCCGCAUUGACGGGCAUGAAGUUAAACAUAAGAGACAAAAUGGGCUCCAUGUCCAGUGAUUCUCAUGGCGGCAGCGACAAAAAUUCUGAGGAUAACCUUGAGGAUGAGGCCGAACAACAGAAAAGACUAACGACCGAUGCAUUGCGUAGGCUUUCAUCAAUGAAAAGCAGCAAUGGCGAUAUUGAGGGUGGCGCUACAGAAAAUAGCAGCGAGGGGCCUCGUACCUUGCCAGAAAGACAGCUCCUUCCUUCAGCAAACUCAAGUUCCACCCCGACUUUCCGUGAAUCAUACUGUGAAGAACCGGACACCCUAACUCAGAUUCAAUUUGGAGGGAAGAAUAUAAUCAUGGAUUCGUCUAUUGCAAACAAACGAGCUUCGGUUGCGCCUAUCAAGCAUCCGCUCGACGUGCUACCAUCCGCGUUUGAUACUUCAGCAAGGCCAAGAACAAAAUCAAAGCGGCCCUUGAGGCAGAUGAAUGCAUCGAAAAAACCACUAUAUACCCCUGCUGUUUUGCGUGAUAUUUCCGAAACCAACAUUACUAGCGCCGAGCUGGGCUCGCCAGGACCGUCAUUUUUGCCCUUUCAAAAUUCUGGCACGCAUACGACUCGUAGCAGUGUGCGAAGCGUAAGAUCUACGUCUUCUUCUAUUAUGUCCGAUUACACCAAGAAACUCAGCUCUCUUUGGAAUAAGAACCCUUCGGAUUCGAAAGCCACCGAAGUUCCGCCCCCUACUCGCCAACAUUGGAUCUCAGACGGCAAACGAAAUUCUUGUCAUUACUGUCACCGCAUAUUCACAUUCUGGGAAAGAAAACAUCAUUGUAGACAUUGUGGAGACAUCUUUUGCUCCCAGCACGUUAGACACUGGCUCUAUUUAGAUCGCGAUGCGAAAUUUGUCAUUGGUGGUGCUGGUGUCGGAUCUUUGUCGAAGAUUUGCGAUGGUUGUCUUCAAGAGUACGACACCUUGGUCCGCGAAGGCCCCUCUGUCGAAACUACUAAUCAAAAUAAUGACACCCCCAAGUCGGUUACUCCUGUCCCAGGCGUACAUGUGGCCCUUGAUCGCAAAAACUUAGUAGAGGAAGAAGGCAAGCGGGGGAGGAUGGACAGUAUUGUAGGAAGUGUCCCAGCAGAUUGGAACUGGAGCAGUUUCUAG